GGGCGUACCCUGGCGCCUCCUGGCUCCCGCCGAUUGGCGGGAGGCUCAGAGCUGCGCUCCCUGACCGGCCGGGAGGAGGGCGGCGCGUUGGAGGCCCUCGCCCCGGGGGGAGACUCGUAGACCUGUCCAGUAGCAAGAUCAUGGCAGCACGAACCGGUCAGGGGGCCUUGAAGAGGGUGGUCUCGGGCUACCGCCCGAAGUCGGCCACAGCACCGGGAUGCCCGGCCCCGACGCGAGGCCCCUCGAAGAGCGUCAGACAUUUGACUUCCUGUGGUAUUUUGAUGACCAAAGCGCCUUUGUUACACACUUCACUUAUGCCUAAAGAGACUUCUGCAAGAACUUUCUUCAAGAUUGCUGCCCCUUUAAUAAACAAAAGAAAAGAAUAUUCAGAGAGGAGAAUUAUAGGAUAUUCUAUGCAAGAAAUGUAUGAUGUAGUAUCUGGUAUGGAAGACUACAAACAUUUUGUACCUUGGUGCAAAAAAUCAGAUAUAAUUUCAAAGAGAUCUGGAUACUGCAAAACACGUUUAGAAAUUGGGUUUCCACCUGUGUUGGAGCGGUAUACAUCCAUAGUAACUUUGGUGAAACCACACUUGGUCAAGGCAUCCUGCACAGAUGGGAAACUUUUUAAUCACUUAGAAACAAUUUGGCGUUUCAGCCCCGGCCUUCCUGGAUAUCCAAGAACUUGUACGGUGGAUUUUUCUAUUUCCUUUGAGUUUCGAUCACUUCUACACUCUCAGCUUGCCACACUGUUUUUUGAUGAAGUUGUGAAGCAGAUGGUAGCUGCCUUUGAAAGAAGAGCAUCCAAAUUAUAUGGUCCAGAAACUAGUAUACCUCGGGAAUUGAUGCUACAUGAAGUUCAUCACACAUAAAUGAAAAAAGAACUGGUGCUGUCUGCUUAUAAUUAUGAUUUUAAUCUAGUUCACUUUAAAAAGUGUUUUCAUCACUGUGCUUUCAAAAGACAGGCUGUUAAACCUAGCUUAGAGUGUAAAAAUUACACCAUUGAAAAUAUGCACACAAAAUAUGCAACCAGAUGUAUAUAGAAUUAUUUGCUUCAAUCAAGUGCAAUUCAAGGGCCUACUUUGAUGGCCUGGGAUGUUUGAUAAUCAUCAGUGCAUCAUUAAGGUAAAAACUUUGUGACCUAAAAAUACUGCUUAUGAGAGUAUGCAGCAUACUUUUAUGUAUUUUCAUAGUGAUUUUAUUAGCCUGAUUUUUUAUUAUAUUUUGGUCAGUGGUCCAGAGCUUUAAGCUAUUUUCCUAGUAGUUUGUACCUUUCUCCAGGUACUUACUUGGCUGCUCUUUCAACACUGUUAAUUGAAUGCCCAAUUGCAUUGACAACAGAUUCAGAUAGUUUAGUUGACAUCUCUGGCAAUUUGCAUUCUCAUAUUUUUAUUUAUAGUGUGCAUUCACUUUCAAUAAUGUAUUUUAAACCUUAACUGAUAUUUUUUUUAAACAAAUCAAUGUAAGCACUGAAGAGAGAGGUAACUUAAUAAAGUUAAAGCAAUUUGUUUACUUUUUUGUAUAA